UGGUUUUGUUACUACGAGAACAAUAAAGCACACGGAGAGUCACAUCCUUCUGAUUACUUGUGGGAUUGUUGGUAUUAUACAACACACCCUUACUAUCCUUGAACUUCUUAAAGCGAGGAGUUGAGAAUUGGUACGACGAUUAUACUGAGAGAGAACGAUUGAGACAACGUACAGAGAGAGGACAAGAGACAGGAAUACAGUGGCUACGGCUGAAAGCCUACGUCGAAGGGUUUGAGUGAGCUGUCGACUUACCUCUACCGAGAGACGGCGAUAAUACUACUGUCGGAGAGUCGAAACCUACACAAUCACGAUCACCUCUACGCUUCACGGAACAAUAAACUUCACAACUCAACCACCUUCAUCAUGGCACCCAUCCCCGACUCCCUCUCAGCCAUCCACACCCUCUUCACCACCCUCACCCGCCGCACCACCGCCACCUUCACCACCACCCCCUCCCUCCACGCCCGCUCCGACACCACCACCACCACCCUCCACGCCCGCGACGAAGCCUUCCCCCACGGCUCCGGCACCAUCCAACCCACCUCCGUCCCCACCUCCGCCAUCUUCGCCCUCAUCGGCAUAAUCUGCGCCGGCUUCGUCAUAACCGGGAUCUGGUUCUUCUUCAUCGCCAAAAACGGGGGCUUCCACUUCCGGCAGGGCGACUGGGAGGAUUACAAAUCCACUGUUUUGAGGAGGAAGGGGCCUAAUGGGACGACAUUGAGUGGUGCUACGCGCACUACGGAUUUGGGCGGCGGGAGCGUGGUGGGGAAACGGUAUAGGGAUAGCGAGAGUAGCGUCUUGAGUAGUGCGUAUACUGAGCAGACUGAGAGUCUUGUCGGGACAGAGACGGUGGUUAGUGAGAUGACAUCCAUCACCCGCGGCGUCAGCGGGCGUUUCCAGAAAGAGAAGACGGAGCGCUCGGCCGCGGCGUCGGCGGCGAAGAAGGAGCGCAAACGAUUCCGCGAGAAGGGGGAUAAGCGCGAGAAAUCCCGUCUCAGAGACGCGGAAUCGGUGGGCGGUGAUGAACUCGAAGGCGAUGACCUGGGCGACGCGGCGAUAAGAUCAUACCGCCAUGAGAAGCCCGCGAGGGUGGGGGGGAUGAACCGCGCGGCUGAUGGAUCGGCGUUUGAGUCUUCGGUUGGGGGGAGCGAGGAGAGCGCUACGGGGUUGUUGGCGGGGAGGGAGGCGACGCCGACGAAUUCCCCGCAGAAGGUUAGGAGGGUUAGGGAGCGCGGGGGGGAGGGGUAUGCGGUGGGGAGUCCGAGCGCGAGUCCGACGAAGGAGAGGGCGGGGAUUAGGAAGGUUGAGACGGUGAGAGAGGCGGAUAGGAUUAAGGCUGAGGCGAGGAGGUUGAGGGAGAAGGGGAGGAGUGCUGCGGGGAGGAGUGGUGGGGGGAGGAGGGACUUUAGUUAUACGCCUGGUGAUGAUUUGGGGAGCUCGGUGGGGGGGAGCACGGUUAGUGGCGCGAGUGGAAGUGGGAGUGGGAUGCCGGGCGGGUAUGUGGAUAGUGAGGUUAGUGGGGAUACGGGGACGAAGAGCUAUAGGCAUGUUAUCCCUGGGUUGAGCGGGACGGCGGCGGCGCCGGGGAAGUCGGAGAGUUAUGCGGAGGAGAGGAGGAGGAGGAGGGCGGAGCGGUGA